GUGGAAGGCUUUUUUGGGGAAGUCAUUUCUUAAGAGGCAGCACCUGACCUUAACUCUCUUUAUAAAACUAGCCCACACAAUAUAGCUGUUAAAUUCGUUCAUGUCACACACAGUCUGAUUUCCUUACAAGGGGGAAAAUUAUAGCGGAUCUUUUAUAAUUUCGCCAUGGGCACGACAGAGUUUGCAUUUGAUUACACAUCUGCUGACUUUGCAAACUACACGGAAUAUAAUGAUACGUAUGGCACGGAUGAGUCUCACGCUUUACACCACAGUUGCUCUGAAGAGGUUAUGUGCAUGUUGCUGCUGGUGGUAAAUGUGAUCAUAAUCAUACUGGGAGUUGUGGGAAAUGGUGUGGUCAUCUGGAUAGCAGGAUUUAAGAUGAAGAAAACCGUCAACACCACCUGGUACCUCAGCCUGGCCAUUUCUGACUUCAUAUUUUGUGCCACCUUGCCCUUUAACACCUUCUACAUAGCCACAUCUGAGUGGAUCUUCGGACUUUUCAUGUGCAGGUUCACCUCCUUCGUGAUGUUUCUUAACAUGUUCAGUAGCAUCUUUCUUCUUGUCAUCAUCAGUGUGGAUCGCUGCAUUGCUGUCAUGUUCCCUGUUUGGGCACAGAACAAACGUACCAUAAGAAAGGCUUCAGUGAUAGUCUUUCUCGCAUGGGUUUUAGCAGUCUCUCUGAGUAUCCCAUCUACCAUUUUCCGUGAAAUAAAGCACCAUCUGGGCAGAACCCGAUGUCACAAUAAUUACAAUAUCCAGGACAUCCACUCGUAUAUAGCCAUCUGUCGGUUUAUUUUUGGUUUUCUUAUACCUUUUCUGGUUAUUAUUGCCUGCUACUCAGUCAUCAUCUGCAAACUGAGAAGCAACCAGAUGGCAAAGUCCACAAAGCCAUUCAAGAUCAUGACGGCUCUCAUUGGGACUUUCUUUCUCUGCUGGCUGCCGUACCACACAUUCGUGCUGGCUGAACUGACCCAGACCCUCUCUAAUGACAUUAUUGUCCUUGGGCUCAAGAUUGGGACGUCAGUCGCUUCAGCUAACAGCUUCCUCAACCCGAUUCUUUACGUCUUCAUGGGCAAUGAUUUCAGACAGAAGUUUAAGAACUCCAUCCUUUCUAAGAUCGAGAACGCGAUUGGAGAGGAAGGACGAACUAUGAGUCGCUACUUAUCCCGGUCCAGUUCUGUGGAUGCCAGAGCAUCGACUCACAUGUGAUUUACCCUGAACUUUAAAAACCAUGUGUUCAUGUAUACAUACUGUAUUUCAAUCACUCAUGUUCUGGAGGGAAAUAUAUACCUUUGAAUAAUCCAAAGUGAUUCAAUUCAAUUAAAUUUUAAUUGUAUGGCACUUAUAUAUAUAUAUAAGACACAGUAACCCAUCCUCCUCUGGUGACACUCCAGAUAAAGGGAUUAUGGAAUGUAGGUGGUUGAAAUGAUUAUGAUCUAUUAAACUACAGGAGGUGUUUACUUAUCUGUCAAAAAAAUGGCACUUUAUGAAUGCAAACAGACCUGCUAUCAUGGAAACCGAAUAUUCUUGGCAUAGAUUUAAGGGCAUUUCUGUACACAGUUUAGAAUUAAAGAUGAAACAAUUACCCUAGCAGGUAUUUUGAGGAGUACAUGUCAGAAUGAAAUAAUCUGUUAAUCUUGUAACUUCAUUUGUACUUCUUCUUUUUUUUAAUUGUCUAAUGGUUUAUGAAUCAUUUUACUAAUAUGUUUUUGGUAUUGUCCAUGGCAAAAUGUAAAAAAUAAUAUAGGUCACAAAAAAGAAAUGAGUUUUCAGGUCUUA